AUGCUCUUCGGAGAUAUUCAUGGUCAGUAUUCUGAUUUGCUGAGGCUUUUUGAAUAUGGCGGGUUUCCUCCUGAUUCCAAUUAUUUAUUCUUGGGGGAUUAUGUAGAUCGUGGGAAGCAAGGUCUGGAAACGAUAUGCCUUCUCCUUGCAUAUAAGAUAAAAUAUCCUGGAAACUUUUUCCUUCUGAGGGGCAAUCAUGAAUGUGCUUCUGUUAACCGUAUAUAUGGAUUUUAUGAUGAGUGUAAGCGAAGAUUUAAUGUUAGACUGUGGAGAGUAUUCACUGAUUGUUUUAAUUGCCUGCCUGUGGCGGCGCUGAUUGAUGAAAAGAUACUCUGUAUGCAUGGGGGACUUUCUCCUGAUCUGCAUAAUUUGGAUCAGAUAAGAAAUCUGCCACAUCCAACUGAUGUUCCGGAAACUGGUUUACUUUGUGAUCUACUAUGGUCAGAUCCUAGUAAAGAUGUUAAAGAGUGGGGAAUGAAUGAUAGGGGAGUCUCCUAUACAUUUGGAGCUGAUAAGGUGACAGAGUUUCUUCAGAAGCAUGAUCUUGACCUUAUUUGCCGUGCCCACCAGGUUGUGGAAAAUGGAUAUGAUUUUUUUGCUGAUAGGCAGCUUGUAACUAUAUUUUCAGCUCCAAAUUACUGUGGAGAGUUUGACAAUGCCGGUGCCUUGAUGAGUGUGGAUGAGACUUUGAUGUGCUCUUUCCAAAUAAUAAAGCCCGCAGAAAAGAAGCCGAAGUUUGGCUUUGGGAGCACAACUACUACAAAAACCAAGAACGGAACCUACGGAUGUGGGUUUGCACAGCUACGUUACAUUGUCUUGCUAUACGAAAAUAUUGUUGGAUCUUCAAAACCUCCCUAUCUUGCUGAUCCAAUUUCUAUAGUUCCAUUUCAAGAUUGUCCAUUCAGACGAAACUGCUCUACUUCCAUGUACACUCCACUUUCCAUAAGCAAGCUCAAGCUUCUCUACGUCAAUGCUCACUCCUCACAGUUCUUCGGAAUUUUGAAUAAUCUUCAACAUCGAUUUACUCCCAGCAAUACAGAUCAAUAA